AGAGAAGCCGUUUCCUGAAGCGCGCCUGCUAGAUAGCCCCGCCUCUUCCUCCGGGACGGUAUAUAAGGACGAUGCGUCAUUUCCGCUCCCUCUUCCACGGGAGGCCUACACGCCGCCGAUUGUGCCACCGCCAUGUCUCUCGUGAUCCCGGAGAAGUUCCAGCACAUCCUGCGAGUACUCAACACCAACAUCGAUGGGCGGCGGAAAAUAGCCUUUGCCAUCACUGCCAUUAAGGGUGUGGGGCGAAGAUACGCUCAUGUGGUGUUGAGGAAAGCGGACAUUGACCUCACCAAGAGGGCUGGAGAGCUCACGGAGGACGAGGUGGAGCGUGUGAUCACCAUCAUGCAGAACCCCCGGCAGUACAAGAUCCCAGACUGGUUCUUGAACAGACAGAAGGAUGUGAAGGACGGGAAGUACAGCCAGGUGCUGGCCAACGGCCUGGACAACAAGCUGCGCGAGGACCUGGAGCGGCUGAAGAAGAUUCGGGCCCAUAGGGGGCUGCGCCACUUCUGGGGCCUUCGUGUCCGAGGCCAGCACACCAAGACCACUGGCCGCCGGGGCCGCACUGUGGGUGUAUCCAAGAAGAAAUGAGUCCCUGGGCCUUUGCUGUUAAUAAAUAGUUUAUAUGCCUGUGA